AUGCUAGAUCCUGAGGGCAGUGUGGAGCACAAGCCUUCCUCUUCCUUCCCUAAAGUUUUUCUCAUUCCUCUAGCCAUGCUCCUUGCAAUUACAGCACUCCUGCUCUUAGCAUUUUCCACCACUCAGCAGAAAGAGACUGAUUUUUACACUUUUAAAGUUGUAAAUAUCAGGGGCAAACUAGUAUCUCUGGAGAAAUACAGGGGCUCGGUGUCAUUAGUUGUCAACGUUGCAAGUGAAUGUGGGUUUACAGAUAGUCACUACAAGGCCUUACAACAGUUACAGAAAGACCUCGGCCCAUAUCAUUUCAACGUGCUGGCAUUCCCAUGCAAUCAGUUUGGGCAGCAAGAACCAGACACCAACAAAGAAAUAGAGAGUUUUGCACGAAAGACUUACGGUGCCUCCUUUCCUAUGUUCAGCAAAGUUGCAGUCAGUGGAGCUGGUGCAAUUCCUGCCUUCAAGUACUUAAUUGAUUCUACAGGAGAAGAACCAACCUGGAACUUCUGGAAAUACUUGGUAGACCCCAAUGGGAAAGUAGUAAAGGCCUGGGACUCUACUGUCUCUGUUGAAGAAAUAAGACCUCAUGUUACAGAACUUGUGAGGAAAAUCAUCCUGAAGAAAAAAGAUGAAUUAUGACUUUCAAAAUCACAGCAGGUCAAUUACAUCUUUAUUGAGAAUUAGGAAUGCUCUCUGUCUUUUCACAUUCCAAAAGAGAGAAUAUGCAGAAGAGAAAACAUGACCAGUUGAAUUGAUAUUCACCACCUUCAGAAUACAAAAACCAGAAGUUUAAAAUUUAAUUACUUUUUAAUUUCAUUUUUGCUAUCCCCAAAUAUAUUCUAUUUGGCCCUUCCAAGAAAGGAGGUUACAUCAGCAACUUUUUGAUUCCCAAUUCAAAUUACUGCCAGUUUGUAACACUACACAAAGCCAGUUAACAUACCUCUAGCAAACAGGCUCACAGUAACAAGAAUUUCCCAGCUGGAAUAUUUCUGACAUCUAAAAUUCUGUUGCCAUAUUUUGAUCACUAUCUAAAUGAAAAAGAAUAAAAAGUGUGAGUGAUUUAAGGCAUGUGUUAGGAAGAGGACAAAAAAUAGAUAUGUCUCAUCCAAACCAACUUCAUUUUAUGUUUUUCUAAUUAUGAAGGUCAAACAUUUCACUGGAAGGUCAGUUGUCAAGGGCCUGAGGAAAACACAUCCACGAAACUUAAAAGUAACAGAAUACAAAACCUCUGUAAAAACUCUCCAAAAGCUGUAAGAUCUCAGCAUUUUUUCAUCCAAUAAGGAUUAUCAGAUAACAUAAAAAGCCAUCGGAACAUCUGGAGGACGAGAGCCUAUCUGGGAUGGCUGUUGCUUUCUUUUAGCAGCACUGUGGCUUAGAAGACUUACUCUCACCUCCUAUAAUUGAUUCUAAGUUUAUUUUGGAAUUUAUAACACCAUCUGAUUUGGCUGCAUGUACAAACACUAGAGAAUUAACAUUUUCCUAUGAAGCACAUUUUCCAAACAUUUGACUGUUGCAUAAUGCUAUAUUAUUCAAUGUUGCAAAUGUUUAAUUGUACCCUUGCUUCAAAGGUAGCACUCAGGCACCUAUUCAAACUUCACACUGCAGAGGUUAUUACUGCAUACUAAAAUAAUAACAAUAAUAAUUACAGCCCAUUGUUCUUUGACAGAAAUCCACUGAAAGUCUUGUCAGCAAGAACUGUUUUCAUCAAUAAAAACACGAUGUACAGGUCCUUUGCUUUUAAACUCAGGAGGAAGCCGGUCUUGUCCAACGGCAGCGCUAUUGACAAUUGAAAGCCUUUUUGGUGCUUUGUAAUGCUUUUUAAAGUAGCAAAAACAGUAUUUGUCCAUGCAGUUGUCAGGGCUCGAGUACAUAAAUAAGCCUUAAUUGCUCUGGCCAUGGUACGAACUUAUAAUGGCAUGAUGAGCUGGAAUAGCUCUUCAGCAUGCAAACAGUCUUCAGCUGAAAUCAAAGGCAAGCAUUACGGCAUGCACUGGCUUGCAGAAAAAAAAAAGGGGGAAAAUGGAGUACUGAAGAACUAUUGGAAAUAAAAGAAUUGAUCUCAGAGUCCAUUACAAUCCCAUGCUUUAACAGCUGCUCACUUCUGAGGUCUUGGACACAUGACAUAGCCUGGCCUUAGGAAGAAAAAAGCUGGAGAUGUUUCAGGGUUUGAAGAAUGGCUCUGAGGGGCAGAGAUUGUACUGUACAAAGCAAGCUGAAUUUCCCUGAAAGAAUGCAAGGGUCAGGUGUGGGGGUUUUAAUUUUUAGUUGGGGGUGGUAGGAAAAAAAAAAAAGAUGUGAGAAAAUAAAAGGAAGAAGCAACAGAAGUACAAAAGAAAAAAAAAGGAGAUCACGUAAGAAGGAAAAAAUGGGAAAGAAAUGAAAAGACAGUUUGUAAUCAAAGACUCUUUGGGAAAAAUGGAGGAUGGAAACGUUCAGUUAUAUUGAAACUAAUGAGCAUACUCCAAGCUAUAUCAGCUAAUUCUCUCUUGGAGCAUAGCUUCAGAACAGGAAAUCGCUGCAAGUGGCAGUGAACAUGUCUCUAUUUUCCUCUGAUGGAGAGGAAAGUGGAUGCCACCAUCCAUUCAGUCAUUCAGUCUAUGCUUACAUCAAUCACUCAGGACAGCUGCUACAAAGUAAAGUGACAGAGCAGAAUCAGACUAGGCCAGCAGUGUGCUGGGACAAAGAACCCAACUACUAGGAAAGGAGCUCUUAUGACUAUAGUUAUCUUUUCUGUCCACUUAUGCCAACACAGUGCUCUAACACGCUGUUAGCAGAAAGCAAGAACCAGAAUUAUUUUCCAUAGAACAGAUGUUUCUAUUAGCUGAAGCCCUGAUGAGCCCAGAUUGUGCUUUGCAAGACAUUUUAAGCCCUCUUUAUUUCGAUUCACGAUGUCCAACCUGUGGAAAGUGAAAGUGUUGUUUCUGUAUUGAACAUUGAAAAGGGCAAUUGAUCUAAAGAAUUAACCUGUAACAUAUCCUUAGAAAUAGCUGAUGUGGAAAGUAAGAAUACCAUAUACAUGUUAGUAACAUAUUUUAGAAACACAGUUACCGAAUUACCUAACAAAUACUUUCUCACAAAGCUGCAAUAGAUUCUGAAUGCUCUAAUCGAUGUGGGUAUAGUAUUCUGAACUAGGAAACAUAUUGUAAGGUCAUUCAUUAGACUGGCAGAAGCAAAAUACAUUUAAUAAACGUUCAAGGAGUCAGGGCCUUUACACAAAGCAGAACUGUCCCACCUUGUGGGAAUGUUAGGAUGCCAUAGACAGGCUCCUAGAUACUGCCCUCUAUCCUCAUUCCGAGCUUAUCUCUAUGCAAGGACAGAUGAAUGACCAGAACAAUGACCAGUGUGAAAGGGCACAAAUGUUAGGGGGUAAUUAAACGAUUGAGGCUAUGUCUAGUUUAAAACUGACAUCUGAAAAGUUACGACCAAACACUUGUUAAGAAAGCAAUUGUUAGAAGUCAGUUAAACAAUUUAAGACAUUUGUGUUUGGGCGGCAAAGAUUUGUGUCUACUUGGUGUUUGCAUGAUUGGUGAAGCGUCGCGAAAGAGUGUGAACCUGCAGUACUCAGCCAAUGAGGAACCAGGGGAGAAAGAGAUCAGUGGUGGGCAACAGGGGAUAAAAGAUGGAACACUGUUUUCCCGGGGCUCUCCUGCUUGCAGGAGGCCUGCCAUUGCAACUGCGAAUAAAAUCUGCUUUAUCAGAGAAA